AUGUCGCUUGCGCAAAAGCAGCAGCCUGAUGAAGACGUCGAUAUUGAUUUCAACGCCCCAUUAGAGCAUCGGGGUGCUUAUGUGACACCCUCCCCCGCCUCUGACCGUGAUACCAUAUCGACUCCGGUUGAUACCGGCACAUUGGUCGUAAAGGAUGAGGGAACUAGUUACAUCGACAGCGCAAAUUGGCGAGCCAUUUUGGAAGAGAUCAAUGGAGUGAGAGAGUACCUAGACGAGAAUGGACAUGACUCUGAUGACCAAGGUGCUGAAGAUGACCCAUACGAAUCCUCGUCACCGGUUAUACUGUUUGGCAAUUCUCGGCCAGUCACCAAAGAGGAGAUGCUUGUGGACAUUCCUGCACGAUCAAUAGCCGAUCGCCUUAUCUCUCGCUUUCUCAAGACAACUGAGCCCGCACUUGUUGCGAUCCAUAUUCCUACGUUCCAAAAAGAGUAUGAGAAGUUUUGGCUUCACCCAAGUGAGACGUCAUUCACUUGGAUCUCCCUUUUAUACUCAAUGUUGGCCCUAUCGGUGUCCAUGUAUCACCGAAGCGCAGAGCCAUUGCCCCGUGAUAUGGCGACUCCCGCAACUGCAUUACAUACGUUCCGCAAAAGAUCAUCUCAAUGCCUUAUACAGGCAAAUUAUAUCAAUCCAGGACGGUACAAAGCACAAGCACUGUUCUUUUACACGCUGUCUGAAUUUUAUCGGAGCCAAGAUGCUCAAAUUGGAGUCUCCUAUAUACUUGGGAUGACCAUUCGCCUGGCUAUGCGCAUGGGCUAUCAUCGCGACUCUCAUCAUUACCGAAUGCUCUCAGCCUGGGAGGGAGAAAUGCGCCGGCGCCUCUGGGCAGUGCUUGUUCAACUCGAUACACUGAUCUCAUUCCAGGUUGGCGUUCCUCGGACAAUCCAGCCAUGGCAAUACGACACUGAAUUACCUGCAAACUUGCUGGAUACCGACUUUGAUGAAGAUUCAGCUCAUUUGCCACCCUCAAGGCCCGAAGAUGAACGAACAGCGUCUUCAUACACAAGAGCUAAAUUCCCCAUAAUGAAAGUCUUUGGUCAGAUCACAGACUUGGCGUUCUCUCGAGAAUCCUCAUCCUAUGAUGACAUCCUGGAAAUCGACCGCCGCUUGCAGGCCUCGCGUGAAAUGUCGCCUUUGUUCUUGCAAAUGAAACCAAUGACACAAUGUAUUGCAGAUGCGGCAGAAGUGAUCAUGCGUCGGUACACCUUGGAGCUUUUGUACCAAAAGGCGCGAAUCGUUCUGCAUCGCCGGUAUAUGGGCGAGACGAACCCUAAAUUUGCAUAUUCGCGUUCAGUCUGUCUCACCGCAGCCCGCGAGACUCUACGAUAUCAUGCAGAAAUCUGGAGCGAGUCCAUGCCAGGCGGCCAAUUAUACGCAGAGCGAUACUUUAUAAAUUCCCUGUCGAACUCCGACUUUGUCCUUUCGGCAAUGAUUCUCUGCCUUGAGAUAUCUCAGGAUGAAGAUCGGGGUGAUGCCGCGCGCCUCAGCGACCAGGAACGUGCAGACUUUGUGGUUCUUUUGGAAACCACACAUCGCAUUUUCUUAGAGUCACAACAUCACUCUAUUGACACACAGAGAGCAGUCACUGCUCUGACUAUUAUGCUCAGUCGGGUCAAGAACAGCAAGGUCCAGCAUUCCCACGCAAACACUGUCCAAAUGAUGACCAUAGAUAAUUUCACUCCACCCCAGUCAAAUAGCCAACCAGAAUUGGACCAACAACAUCUUCAAAGAUACCCAGCCGUUGCAGAAGUGCAGACGUCAAUGCACGUAGCCGGCGAGACGCCAGCACACAACUCAUUAGGGGUUAUUGGUGAUAUGCUAAAUUUGCCGGCUCAGCUUGACUGGCGCUUGUACGACAGUCGCAUCUCCGGGAUCGAAAUGGCCACGAAUGACAACGUCUGGUAUUCCACUGCUGCAUCAGCCCCCGAAUUAGGUUUUGCUUCAUACCCUUCUGGCGUGACACCGAUGGAUGAUAAUUCGUUUUAUCAGCAAUAA